AUGCCGUGUACUCAUAGAUUCUCAAUGUAUAACAUCGUACAUUCCAAUCCUAAGCUGAAUUUGUUACGUUUUUAUAUAGGCUUUGCAACUAUUGCAGUUUUCAAUACUGUUUUAGAACUGAUUGUGCCAAAGAAGGACCGAAGUUCAAUAACAUACUGGGAUCGACGCAAAAGUAGUUCAUACACAUCUGGAGCUGAAUAUUUUGAAAGUGACUAUGAAAUGUCAGAAAGUGAAAGCAGUGAUGAAGAAGAUUUUGAUGCAUCUCAAGCAUCCAGGACUUACAAACUUUCUUUGGAGGAUGAAUUCUUACUGACUGUAAUGAAACUUAGACUGGGGUUAUUUAACAAGGACUUGGCAAACCGUUUUCAAAUUUCGUUAUCAAUGGUGACAAGAAUUUUCAAUACAUGGAUAAAUUUAAUCUACAUAAGACUAGGUUCUAUGAAAGUGUUUCCUCAUCGUGAUAUAAUAUCAAAACAUAUGACACAUGAUUUUAAAAAGCAGUAUCCAAAUGUAAUGCUAAUUAUUGAUUGCACUGAGUUAAAAAUACAAAUGCCUUCUUCGUUAGUACGAAAGUCACAAACGUAUUCUGACUACAAGUCGGCAAACAUAUAUAAAGGCCUCGUUGGAGUAGACAGUCGUGGAGGAAUAAUGUUUGUGUCACAUUUAUACACUGGUGGAAUUUCAGACAAAGUAAUUUGUCAACGCAGUGGUCUCUUUGAUUUGUUAAAACAAAAAAUAGAGGCUGGCGAAUUAAAACGUGGAGACGGAAUCAUGGCAGAUAAGGGAUUUACAAUUGCAAACGAAUUGAACGAGAUAGGUCUCUGUCUAAACAUUCCUCCGUUCCUUGGAAAAAGAAAACGAUUGUCUGCUGCAAAUGUACAGGAUACACAUGUAAUAGCUCAUCAUCGGAUACAUGUUGAAAGGGCCAUAGGAAAAGUUAGAAACUUCCAUAUAUUUGACAGAAGAUUACCUAUCAAAUCUGCUGGUGUUGUAAACCAAAUAUGGACUGAUUGUUGCCUUUUGUCAAAUUUCCAGGACCCUCUUAUUGCCAAAACUUCAACUGACGAUGACUAAAGUACUCACUUAAACGUCCGUCUGCUUGUUUUUAAGAUAAGGCACUGCUGAGUUGACGUAAAAUUGAGCAAGCUUUGGGAAAAUUCUUGCCCACACGAUUUUGUCAUAAAAUAUACGUUCUACAAAUAGUCCUUUGUUCGUGAAAACAACAAAGUCGCACCAAUUUACACCGGCUAUUGCCAUCUGUCCAGUCACUUGGUAGAAGUAACUAUGUGACCUUUUUAAAUGCAGCUCCUCGUCUCUUAUUUCAAGACAGAAGUCUGUAUUUCUUGCUGCUUCUGCGGGUGUAGUAUUUCUAUAUUUAUAUGGGCACUUAAUUUCCAACAGCCCGAAGUGAUCAUAAGAUGACCUGUCUAAAACUUUGCCGUCUGGGGAAGCUCCAAGAUAAGGACAGCUUGGAUUUAUUAGGAGUCCUGUGCGAA